AUGUCGGCCGUCCGAUUUUCUCUGCUAAUUCUCGCCUUCUCAGUGGCUGCUUCCUAUGCGGCUCUUCCUGAUUUAGGCUACCCCGGAUGGCAGUGUGAUGCUUCUUUGUAUCAAAAGUGAGACAAACUGAAAGAAACAGACGGAGAGGACAGUGUUUUCAGAAGCAAGAAAGUGCCGACAUCAGCUCAUUCCGUUCGUUUCUCUGACAUCAAAGUGAUCGGAGCACUCGGAGAUUCUCUGACUGCUGCGAAUGGAGCCGGAGCCCCGAAAGGAGACCCGCUGGCAGUAAUUCUGCAGUACAGAGGACUCGCUUUCCAGUGCGGAGGAGACUCUUCUCUGGACGAACAUGUCACUGUUGCCAGUACGAACGACCUGAUGCUCUCCGUCAUUCAUAGUAUCUCAUUUUCAGAUGUACUGAAGAAGUUCAGCCCGAAUAUCAUCGGCUACUCGACAGGAAUCGGAAGUGCCAAUGUCUGGGAGGUCUCCAAACUGAAUCAGGCCGUUCCGGGAGCUGAAGCAGUCGAUAUCAUCACUCAAGCACGCGCUCUCGUCCAGAUUAUUCAGGGUCAUAAAGAAGUGGGUCACAGAUCACACUGGUAACAGUCUAUAGAUUGCUUCCAGAUUGACAUCAAGAACGAUUGGAAGCUUGUCAAUGUGUUUAUCGGCGCCAACGACAUGUGCGCGUAUUGCAGCGAUAAGGAAAAUGUUGGUUUCCCUCUGCAAAUAACACGAGAGAGACUUUCUUCUUUUAGGGAUCGCACUCGAAGGCCCAAUGGAAGCAGAACGUGAUCACCGCCAUUCAGAUCCUCAGGGAUAACCUGCCAAGAACCAUUGUAUCCAUGACCGGAAUGUUCGACAUGGGAAUGCUCCGACAGAUCGACCACGACAAGUACUUCUGCGACGGACUGCACGUGUUCGAGUGCCCCUGCGAGAAGAAGACUGCCUUCUCCAACGACGAAAUCUCUCAGGCAUGUCACCUUUACAUGGAUGCUCAACAAGAGAUCGUGGACUCGGGAAUGUUCGACACCACUGACGACUUCACCUUUGUCCUCCAGCCCUUCUUCAACGGCAUCACCGUGCCGCCUCUCAAGCCGGACGGAGAGGUCAAUCUCGAUUGGUUCGCCCCCGACUGCUUCCAUUUCUCGAAGCUCGGACAUGCUAACGUCGCGAAGCAUCUGUGGAACAACAUUGUGCAGCCGGUCGGAUCGAAGAGUCACAAGGUGGAUCUUUCUGAUCCGACGAUCCCGCUCAACUGUCCGGAUGCGUCGUGCCCGUUCUUCCGCACGACGAAGAACAGCUUGGACUGCUCGAAAUAUUUGACCGAGUAG